AUGCACGGGGGAGUUCUCAACAAAAAUCCUUCCAAAUUUCUUCUAGAAGGUUUUGCAUCCUCUGACGGGAGUGUGUGCAGGGAAUAUCGAGGCCAAAGGAAUAUUACUUGUAUGGAUUUCUAUGAAAAGCUUACUUACUUACUUAUUUCCAAGUUACACCCAAGAUUCCAAACCAUGCAAAUACUUUGCCUGCAAAAACUCGUCUCCGCCGAAUUUUGUUUAUAGUAACGCGAGGGUUCAGGGCUGAGGAUUAAGUUUCGGCUUUUGAUCGACGCCGAAUAUUAUCGGUAUUUUAAAAUCAUGGGAAACUCGGAAAAGGCGCAACCAAGGAUCUGGUUCUUAGGAAGUUUCCGAAUGUUCACACACAGAUGUGCAAGUUUCUUUUUUACCAACUUCCUUUUUCGUUUCGGGGCUUGAAGUUUGGAAUAGAUGGCGUUGAAACUCCUAAUUUGCCACUGAAGAUCUGGGGAUUCGGAUUACGAAUCACUGAUGCGUUGAGACGUAUGCCUGUAGUUAUAGGCGUAGGCAACACGGGUAAGAUGGUGGUAGCCCGUAGGCCUCAGAUAUGGCCCUGCCGAACUUUGAAUCCAUCUAAAGGAACAAAAUAUCGAUCCUUCCAAACAACGAGUCACAGCUCAGACAAUUCUAAAAAGGAACCCACCUCCUAGUUCCCCUCUGCCAAGCUCACCCACCGCUCCUCCCGACAAACUCCUACACCGCACCGUCACUUGCCAGGCACCUCAAACUUUGGGAAAUUACAUACUGUGAUAUUCCAUACGUUAGCUAUGCAAGGUACGUUCCAGUCAUAGAAAAAUGGUACGAUGGAUCCGCGACUAGAAGAUUGAAGGAACAAUCUGUCAACUUCUUCCACGUGGAAAACUAGGGUACUGCUUGUCCCAAUUCUCCUUUCUCAAAACUUAACGACACAUCGCUUAGUUUCUCAAAUUCUAAAAAUUAAUUUUCUAGAAACUUGCUGAAAACUCUUUGA